AUGUCUGCCUUUGAGAGAAAGUGGGAGUCAAAGUUGGGCACUAUUUUUGGAACAGAUAACUCUAACCACCAGAGAAGUGCAUCAUUCACAUAUACACCACCAAAGCAACCUAGAAAGAAAGUUGCAGACUCAGGUAAACAAAGAGAGGAAACUCCAACUGUUGUGAUCAGUAGUGUAGUUCAUGCAUAUAACUAUGUUGAUAAUAAAUAUGUCAGCCAAGGAAAAGUCGGAGUGGCUUUGUUAACAUCUCCGACAACAAGAGAAUAUCGCAUCUUGGUGUAUACAAAGCAACAACAGUUGACUAGUGCCAAGAUUAGCCCUGCCUUUGUGUUGAAUAUACAAGAAAACAACUAUGCCAGCUUCUCAGAUGAAUCAGGACAGACCUGGUCAGUCAUGUUUGAGAUGGCAGAAGCAGUGGAGAAGUUUGCCAAGGAAGUUACCUUGGCUAGGGCCAACUCGGAGCCCUUAACCAAAUUAUUGCAGCAAGAUCUGUCGCUGGGUGAGGGAGCUGGUAUUGAGGAUGGAGAUUUGGUUGAAGUCAGAUACGCUGGAUGGCUGCUGACAGAUGGAGCUUUUGGCAAGGUUUUUGACCAGUCAGGGAUUGACAAUAAUUUUCGCUUCAAAGUUGGAAAAUCCAAAGUUAUUAAGGGUUGGGACCAGGGAAUGCUGGGAAUGAAGAAGGGAGGUAAACGACUAUUGAUUAUUCCACCAGCUCUGGCAUACGGCUCUCAGGGUGUUGGUGAGAGAGUUCCACCAGACUCAGCACUUAUUUUUGAGGUACAAGUAAUUAGAAUCAAGGUACAGAAAGUUGAGUCCCCUCUAGAAUCACCUGCUCCUACUCCUGCACCUGUUCCAUUACCUUCUUUGAUGCCUGUUCCAGACGAGGAUGAUUUUGAUGAGCCCAGGGUCAAAGGCAGAGCCAAGUCAUUUAAUGAUCACCUGUUACAUUCACCUGACAUCAGCAAAGCUAAACUGAUAUCCCGAAUGGCCAGGAUGGGACAACCCAUGUUGCCACCUCAUGGUGCAGGGGCGACUCAGCUAGAGGACAGUGAUGAUGAAAUGACUCCUCCACAUGUGGUUUAUCCAGUUCCAGUGAAACCACCCUUGCCGGUAAAACCCCGAUCCAAGUCUGUAAUAGGCACAAGUAGUCAUUUAGGACAAGUCACCUUCCAGGUACCCAACACAGGUCUUCAUUCCAGUCAAGCCAUGGGUGACAGUCCUCCUCUGCUUUUCAGUUCUACAGAUAUGCCACAUCAGCAGCCAGCCUUUCUUCAUA